AUACCACCACCCCACCCUCCUCAUUUCCAAAACUCCCUCCCAAUUCAAAGACACUCUCUCUCUCUCUCUCUCUCUCUCUCUCUCUGAAGUGAGAUGACGACCGACGAGUUCUUAACUCUAGAGCUCAUAAGCCAACAUCUCCUCGAAGACUUCACCUCCAUGGAGUCCUUCAUCGCCAGCACCCUCAAUUUCUCUCCCUCCUCCUCCUCCUCCGCCGCCUCCGAUGCAUGCAACACCUUUUUCUCCUCCGAUAAAUCCGACCUUUCGCCCGCAUCCGUCCUCGACUACUUGAACUCCGACCUCGACUUCCCCGACUACGAAUCCAAGCCCCCAAUCCUAAUCUCCCUCCCACCGGAAGCCAACAAGCCCGACCCCAAGGGUCGGGUACCGGGUCCGGACCCGAUUGCGAACGGGUCGGGCCCGAGGGAUCCUUCGGGUGUCAACUACGACAGGAGUCAUUACAGAGGGGUGAGGAGGCGUCCGUGGGGCAAGUACGCGGCGGAGAUCCGGGACCCGGCCCGGAAAGGGUCCCGGGUCUGGCUUGGGACGUACGAUGAGGCGGUGGAUGCUGCCAGAGCUUACGACUGCGCGGCUUUCAAGAUGAGGGGAACCAAGGCCAUCUUGAACUUCCCGCUGGCUGCCGGGAAAUCCGAACCGCCGGUGAGCACCGGCCGUAAGAGGCUGAGAGGCGGCGGAGCAGGAGCAGAGCGUUGUUAAAUUAGGUGGUUUUUACGUGGGGAGGGAGGAAUAGGAUUGGUGUCGGUUAACGGUGAGUUUAACGCAUCACCGACAGCUCAGGGACUUUUGUGGGGCCCCGUGGCAUGUGUUAAAAACAGAGUAAUUAUUCAUUGGUUUUUGGGACUAUAACAAGGUGCCCAAAAACCUUCUUCGCAACGCGUUCAUACAGGAUUCGCACGCUUAGUUAAGCGUACUGCGAACAAUAUGGAUGUGGGGCGGGGAUUGGUGCCAGUGUUAUGGUGGCAGUGUCCCAAGUCCACUGAAUAAUUUCUUGGAUUAAACGGAGAAUGGUGCCGGUGUUAGGACGGCAGUGCCCAAGUCCCACUGAAUAAUUUCUCGGGUUAAACGACGGGGUCUUAAUCCGAAGCAGCAAUCAAGUGAAUGCUUGUGUAGAUUAGUUAUGUGGACUUGAUCCUAUUCCAGUGUAAGAACUGUACAUGCUUAUGAUGGUGAAAUAUUCGGAAUAAUGUCAAGCUUAAAAUAUCGGAAAGUUUGUCGGCA